CCUUCUGAAGAACCUGCUGGUUGUCCCCAACAGGAUGGGUUUCUCCACUGUUCUCACUGGCCUCCUGUUGAUCAUGGUAAAGAUCAUACCAGACCCAGGCAUGUCAUACAAUAUAACUUCCAACAAUUCCAGCUUCCCAGUAUAUUUACCAGGCAUGUCAAACCUUACCAUUUCAAGCCAGUUCAACGAGUCCAGCUUCCCAAUAUAUUUACCAGUGUCAGGAAGCUGUGCUGCUCCUGAAUUGUGCUGUCCUUUAGAAAAUGAUAGCUGCAAUAAUAAUGGCUGUUUCUGUGAUGUGGCUUGCCUGAGAUUCCAUGACUGCUGUCCUGACUUCAUAUCCACCUGUGUCACAGGCAUGUCAUACAAUACAACUAAUACAACUAACAACCCAUCCAGCUUCCCAACAUAUUUACCAGGAAGCUGUAAGGCAGCACCUGCUCUCUGCUGUGGUGGAUAUAACCUUAGUUGCUUUCGAGGCUGCUUCUGUGAUGAAGCCUGUGUGAGCUUUGGGGACUGCUGCUCAGACUACAACAGCACAUGCAAAGGUUUGCCUGAUGUGCUCAUUGUGAACGUGCGACUUAGAGCUAGUCUGGACAAACCAGAGGAAGCAGUUCUUUACACGGCUUCUCAAGCUCUGGGGGAAAUUUUAAAAAAUUAUAGUGAUGUUUUUUCGCUUCGAAUCCUGAAAAUCAAAAAAACAUGAAGGUCUUAUCAUGGGGGGAGGAAAGAGCAUUCAUGACAGAUUAGGAGACAAAAUGCCUAAAGUAAUAAACAAUACAUAAAAAAUGUAAGAUACUUUGUACUUAUGUUGCUUUUCCUUUUUUUCACACCAGGGGUGUUUUAUGGUGUGUCCUUUGCUUUUGUUUUGU